AUGCUUAUAGAAAACGAAGCCUGGGUAAAACAAAAACAAAACGAACAAAAAGCUAAGAGAGAACGUGAAGAAGCUGAAAAAACCGCUCUAGAACAACAACGUUCAGAAAAACGAGAACUUGCUGAAAAAAAUUUUAAUCGUUGGAAGUCAGAAUUGGAAAGACGUUUGGCUGAGAAAAAGGCAGCAGAACGAUUAAAAGCACAGAAAAAGGCAGAAGAAGAAAAACAAAAAAAAGAACAAAAACAACUAGAAGCACAACAAACAUUCCAAUCUUGGAAAAAACAGGACGAAAUAAGAAGAAAAACACAAAAGGAACGGGCCAAAAGUGUUGAACAACGUAUUGCCAAACAAACUGAACAAAAUAAGGAGCAAAAAAGAAGGGAGGCUGAAGCUGCUUUUCAUGCUUGGAUUCAAAUGGCUGAUGAACGUAUGAGAACUCAACAUGCUCUAAAACAGGAGGAAGAGGAGCGUAAAGAGGAGGAACGUCGUGAACAGAGUAAAGCUAAAGCAAAAAUUGCUGAAGAAGCUUAUUCCUUGUGGAUGAAUAUGAAGGAGGAAGAACGCAAAUAUAGACGAAGCCUUGCCUUUCGAAUUCUCGACUUUGAACGACGUGCCAACAGUGAAAGGUCUAUAACUCCAUGGAUUCCCACAAGCCCAACAGUCAUUCACAGUACACACUCACGUUCUACUUUGCUCACUCCUCCCUUAAAUUCUGCAAAAGGUAGAAGACGAACUUUAGAGAAGAAAUUGGUUUUGCCUGAUUGGAGGAAACAUCAAAAAAAUAAAAAUAAUUUGGAGACGAAAUCUGCAAUAAAUUCUGGUACUAAUAGACGGCCUUGGCGUUAA